AUGAGGAUUUUGAUCAAAGGUGGUGUGUGGAAGAACUCUGAGGAUGAAGUGCUCAAAGCGGCUGUGAUGAAAUAUGGCCUCAACAACUGGCCACGUGUUGCCUCUCUAUUGGCCCGAAAAAGCCCCAAGCAGUGCAAGUCCAGAUGGUAUGAGUGGCUCGAUCCCAGUGUCAAAAAGACUGAGUGGACCCGUGAGGAGGAAGAGAAGCUGCUACACCUCGCGAAGCUUUUUCCCACCCAGUGGCGCACCAUCGCCCCGAUUGUGGGCCGCACAGCUUAUCAAUGCCUGGAGCACUAUGAGAAGCUCCUUGAUCAGGCCCAGGGGAAGGAUGAAAUGGAUGAAAACGAUCCGCGGCGCUUGAAGCCGGGUGAAAUUGAUCCACAUCCGGAGACAAAGCCUGCUAGAGCCGACCCGAUCGAUAUGGAUGAGGAUGAGAAAGAGAUGUUGUCCGAGGCACGUGCGAGGUUGGCCAACACUCGCGGCAAGAAAGCCAAACGAAAGGCCCGGGAGAAGCAGCUUGAAGAGGCAAGGCGCUUGGCAGCGCUGCAGAAGCGGCGUGAGUUGAAAGCUGCAGGCAUUUCCACAGCCAGGAGGUACAAAUCCCGGAAGUUUAUUGACUACGGGGAGGAGGUGCCCUUUGAGGCGCAGCCACCAGUCGGCUUCCAUGAGGUUGGCCCAGAAGAGACGCCCAGGGUGUCCAUGGGUUUGGCCAAUGUCCGGCUUCAGGCCAUUGAGAAUCGCAGCCGUUUGGAUGAUGAAAAGCGCCGUCGCAAGGAUGAUGAGCGCAAGUUGAAGCGCCUCAAGGACGAGAAUCUGCCAGAGGCGAUCGAAAUGAUCAACAAGCUGAAUGACCCUCAGCAGUUGCGCAAGCGCACCGCGCUGAACCUACCAGCCCCACAGCUCAAUGAUGAGGAGUUGGAAGCCAUUGUGAAGAUGGGAGCUGAUGCGGCUGCUUUGCAGGCGGAGAGUGCAGAUAGCUCCACUGCAGGGCUUGUCCAGAGCUAUGGUGACACACCUGGCUCAACACCAGUGAGGACACCAAGACGUCCAGAUCCAGUGCUGCUGGAAGCGUCGGUGCAAGCAGGUGUGACGCCCCGACCUGAGCCGGGCGCUGGCGGUGCCACACCCGGAGCAACUCCAGGUGCCACGCCCGGUGAAGAGCUUGACCAGAUGCCCGAGAAGCUCCGGAAGGCCAACCAGCGGAUGCAGAUGCAAGCAGCCUUGGGAACCUUGCCAGCCCCAAUGAAUGAGGUAGAGAUCUCCAUGCCUGAACUCAUGGAAGAGGAGGCCGAUACACAAGCUCCUUUGGAGGAGGACCAAGCCGAUGCCGACAAGCGUCGUGAGAAGGAAGAGCUUCGACGUUUAGAGAUUGAGCGGCAGAAGCAAAGUCAGCCGGUGAAGAUGGGUUUGCCUCGACCAGUCCAGACGUCGAUGAUGAUUUUUGAGAGCUCCGCAUCACAGGCGACUGGUGAGGCUUUGUCAGGCCCGCAGCACUUGUUGCAACAGGCUGAAGGGAUGCUCCACGAGGAGAUGGCGAACAUGAUCACGCGUGAUGCGGUUCUGUUCCCUGUGAAGGGUGCCAAACCUCCAAAGAAGGCACCCGCAGAGAUGGAUGUAAGCUUGGAAGAGCUACAGUCAGCUGCUGCGAUGCUUGAGGAGGAGCUUCAUGCCUUCUCUCAGGCUUCAGGAGGUGAUAUCAGUGCAGAAGCAGCUGUUCAGGCCGCCUUCGAAGAGGGUCUGGUGAAGCAAUUUGUGUUUUUGCCAUCGGCCAAGCGCUUCAUGGAUUCCAGGGUCAUGGGGAAGAAGGAGCGCACCGAGGCGGCCAAGCACCAGUUUGAGAUGCUGGAUGCCAAUCAACAGAAAGAGCUGAAGAGGGUGAAGAAGCUAGAGGAAAAGAUGGAAAGAUUGCUGGGAGGUUAUACCACAAAGUCCAGACAGACUUUGCAGCACAUCCGGAAGCUCUCGGAGGAGCGAGAGACGGUAGCCAUUGAAACGGAGGUCUUUGAGACCUUGAGGUGCAGAGAGGAGAAGGCCAUCCAGACCCGUGUCGAGGAGUUACAGGAACUGGUGGACCGUGAGAAGAAUCGGAACAAGAAGCUUCAGAACCGCUACAGGGAAGCUCAGAAGGCGGUGGAUCUCCUCAAUGGCAAGCUGCAGUGA